CUGUCAUCUGUCAUCUCCGUCGACAAUUAUUGUUUAUCGUAGACAUAGGUGUGUUGUGUAGUGUGCAAUUAAGUACUGCAAAUUAUGUUUAUUUAGUGCUGUUGGUGACUGUUUUUCUUUUGGGUUACUUUAGGUAAGUCCUAUCAUAUUGAGCAGAAUGUUCUGAAUUCGAAUUGUGAUGGAACCCGAACCGUUGGGCAAGCUUCCUGAGCCAGUGGUGCUAGUAGAGACCCUAAAUCGUUGGGGCGACGCUCCUUCUGCGCAGCAUGCCUCCGUCAUUAUCCCCAGUGGGGAAGUUCGAGGCCUACACGCUUCUCCCUUUCCCUGCGAUGACUGUAUUAAUCAGAAGUUGAUACUGUGGGACGGCGAUAUUUCAAGCCUCGAAGUGGAUGCAAUAGUUAACUCUACCAAUGAAUCGAUGAACGACAUUAAUCCUGCAAGCGCCAGUAUAUUCAGAAGAGCUGGACCUCGACUGCGAGAAGAAAUUAAAGCUGAUGUUAAAGAAUGUGGAACGGGAGAAGCUAAGGUAACCCAAGGCCAUUAUUUGCCAGCCCGCUACAUUAUACAUACGGUGGGGCCCAAGUACAACAUGAAAUAUCAGACAGCUUCCGAGAACACCCUGCAUAUGUGCUAUAGGAAUACACUGCAGAAAGCGAAAGAAAUGGGUCUACACUCGAUAGCGAUACCGGUUAUAAAUUCUUUAAAACGAAAUUAUCCUCCAGAUCAGGGAGCUCAUGUAGCGUUACGUACUGUUCGUCGCUUCCUUGAACGACAUGGAAACUCGCUUGACACUGUGAUAUUUGUUGUUGACAAAGUAGAUUUAGGUAUUUACGAAGUUCUGUUACCUUUGUACUUUCCCCGAUCUAAGCAAGAAGAAGAUGCAGCUAGGUACCAAUUACCCAGCGACGUUGGUGGUCCGGAUGGGGAACCCAUUAUGGCAGAUCGCCAAAUUAGAAUAAUUGACAAUCCCCAGCAUGCAUUGCACGCGGAUGACGAAAGUCUUUCGACGUCUCCUCAUCUGGAGAUCAGUCUGGGCGAUGUUAGCACAUUUGCUCAAAUGCAACCUGAUGCUGAUCGCCAAAGACUUCUUGGUGAGAGGCCCAUUACUGAUCCCAUUGCUCAUGCCAUCAUUCAGGAACUAGAGCAUCAAGAAAGAUACGAAAAACUAUUGCGACGAUCGAAAAUUGAAGAUUUAACGGAAGUAUCGGGCAUUGGAUGCUUAUAUCAAUCUGGAGUUGACCGAUUAGGACGACCAGUUGUGGUGUUUAUUGGAAAAUGGUUUCCGUAUAACAAAAUCAGUCUUGACAAGGCUCUUCUUUACUUAAUUUACCUUUUGGACCCAAUAGUAAGAGGCGAUUAUGUGAUUGUGUACUUCCACACUCUCACCUCCAAUAGCAACUACCCUUCGUUUUCGUGGUUGAGGGAGGUGUACAACGUGCUGCCCUACAAAUACAAGAAGAAUUUGAAGGCAUUUUAUGUGGUCCACCCUACAUUUUGGACAAAGAUGGUCACAUGGUGGUUUACCACGUUUAUGGCCCCAGCUAUUAAGCAGAAGGUUCAUAGUUUACCUGGGGUGGAAUACCUUUAUUCAGUUAUGUCGCCUGAUCAGCUAGAAAUACCCGCAUUUAUUACCGAAUUUGAUAUGACUAUCAAUGGCUUGAGAUAUUUUCAACCAGGUGCCCCAACAUAAGAACACACUAGCCUCUAAACUGCUGCAUAAGUUUAGUAUUAUUUCACACACAGGUGAUAAGAUGCAAUAUUACUUGAAUUAAAGGAAAUUAACAACCAAUUUAGUGCUAAUAAAAGUGUGUGCCAAUGCUAAAGCUGUAUACCUAGAGUUACGUAAUCUAUAGUGCCCUAUUUUUGAAAUAAAUAAGAAAUGUUAUGUUUGUGACUUUAGUAGAUCGCAGUUCAUUGUUAACCCUUAGGCUAGUUAAUAUUUCUUUGGGAUUUGAUGGGGGUAUUUUAUUCGUUUUUUUUUAUUACUAUAGUUUUAUAUGUAUGUUUUAGAAUAUUAUCAACAUUUGCAAUCGACAACUUUUGGCUACUUUUUUUUUUUUAAUUAUGCAGUCUUUUGUUUCGAUGUUUUCUAGUAAUUAAGGCUGUUUUUCAUUAGUAAAAUAUCAGCGCUUAGGGAGUUGAUUUAAGAUUGUCUUUUAUUAGUAACUUUUCUUUAUGAUUAACCAGAUAUUUUCUUCUAUGUAAAUAAGUAAAUUAAGUUUAUUUUAGCACGCGUUUAAACUUAGUCUUUUAAAGGCCCUGAAGCAAUCAAAUCGACUGGACAAUCGUUACAGUUGUCCUGCAUCCUGUUUAUGACAAUUUUCUUCGAUCUGGAGCUUUUAAAAGGCGCUGUAUAUACACGCAGCAUCUGAUUUAAUUAAUAAAAGUGAUAGUGAUUUGCAUAAUUGAAGAAUUUAACGAUUUGAAAAGCAAAAAUGUUAAAGUAUAUAUUUUGAUAGUUGAGCAAAAUGCAAUGACCAAAUAAUGUUUAUAAACUAUUUUACCAUUAGAAUGAAUAUUAUAUUAACUCAUCUUCUAUUAGUUGAUGUCGCGAAACGACGGAAUUCUGAUGAUGUGUACUAAAACAUUAAAAUGCAUUGAAUAUUUUAUAGACUAAACAUGCCUGUAAUUAUCUAUUGAAACUAAUAAAUUGUCAUUACAU